AUGAGUCGUCCAACUACAAUCCAGUUGCCGUUGCUCGACCUUUCUUCCCCUCCGAAGGCAGCACCUCUCAGGGCAAGGGGUCGCAGUGGGAGCAUCGUCAAAGUUGAGCAGGUUGGCGACCGUUCCAUAGAAGAGAUCCUUGACCGAAGUGCGUACGUGAAUAUCAAUGCUGAUUGGGUCAAUGCCAAGGGAGCAUGGCUCAUCCACGUCGUUCUUAUUACAUUUGGGAAAAUUAUCAUCGACACCGUCCCAGGCAUGACCCAGCAAAUAAGUUGGACGCUAGUCAACCUCUUCUACCUAGCUCUCUCGUAUCUCAUGUUCCAUUGGGUGACCGGUAUCCCAUUUGAAAACGACCUCCACGGCGGUGCUUACGACGAUCUGACGCUUUGGGAACAAAUUGACGAGGGCGCACAGUACACGCCCGCAAAGAAAUGGCUCUUCUGCGUACCAAUAGUAUUAUUUUUGGCAUCAACACAUUACACAAACUACAACCCAUGGUUGUUCGCCGUGAACCUCUCAGCACUCAUAUUUGUGCUGAUACCAAAACUCCCACAAGUACGUGACGGAUUUGUUGACAUGAAUAACGCCUGUGUUCUCAUGCAAUUUCAUUGGAUCAGUUGCACCGCCAAAGAGUACGGUUCAUGGCUGACAAUGCAUCGGGCGUAG